AUUAUGGAACGAUUUUUUCAACCAAAACGAAAGUCCAUACCCAAUUCUUCUACUUCUAGUUGUGGAUCUAGUCCCGCCACUGAUUCUAGUCGAGCACAAGAGUUAUUGAAUAACACAAAGAAGUCUCGGGCUCAAUUUAAUGUGGAUGAUCUUGUAUCUGAUCCAGGGAUACGCCCCCUAUCGAAUCAUAUGAUCCUAAUAUUAGAGAUGUUGUUAGGAUGGCAUACUUGGAGAAGGUUGGAAUACAGUAUAGAAAAGGAUGCUGCGCAUUGUUUGCAUUGCUACCUGUUCAAACUUGAUAGAGGGGGUCAAGGGGGUGGACGUAUAUUUACUAAGACCGGCUUUAGGGAUUGGAAGCACAAAAAGACAUUGAAAGAUCAUGUCGCUUGUUGUAAGGAAAUUAAAGAAGUAUUAUUUAGUAAUGCUCCUGGAAAUGACCAAAUGACUUCACCAACCAUCCAAAAUGAUUUGAUUAAUUGUUGGGCCGUAGAGACGACAAGGGCUAUUAUCAAUGAGAUUGGUGAUUUUUUGUUUUCAAUUUUAGUUGAUGAGGCUUGUGAUAAUUCUGUGAAAGAACAAAUGGCAGUUGUUUUAAGGUUUGUUGAUAAAAGUGGGCAAGUGAAGGAGCGUUUUUUGGGUAUAUCCCAUUUCACUGAUACUUGUGCCCAAUCACUGAAGGAUGCUAUUGAUGCAAUAUUUUCUACACACGGGUUGAGUAUAUCUAGUCUAAGAGGUCAAUGCUAUGAUGGAGCAAGUAAUAUGUCAGAUGCUCUUCGAAUAAAUUAUCAAGCUAAUAUUCUGGAGAAGCUUAAUACUGGAAAACUUACUGGUGGAAGUGGUCAGUUUCAAGAAAUGAGUUUGGCACGCCCAG